GUGGAGGUAAACGUCCCAGCAGUAAGUCAAGGCUGGAUUGGCGCUCUUCGCGAGCACCCUGGGAACGGGAGUCUGGGUCACGUGUGCUAGAGCCCUCCCCUCUCCUCCCGGCCGGUGUGUGGGAAAUUGUCCCCGCAGAAAGUAAAGGCUGGCCAGGCCGCCCCCAGCACGUAGAGGGAAUGAGUCAGGCUCCGGCUCCACACUGGCACGUAGUGGGCGGAUCGCGCCGGCGCUGAGUAGGAAGGAGCUUCAGCCGCCAGCCCGGAACGCAUCAUAGGUUAGCUUUUCAAGACACUUCCUGCAUCUCUGACCUGUUGCACCUCUGUUAUCUUGGCACUUCUGUUAUCUUAGCAGCAAGCAGCAAGCUUCAGCUGACCCUUGAGCCAUAACCCAUAAGCUCCUGAAAAGUACAUCAAGUCUAAACUGAACCAGCUGACUCAUCAAGACUGGAAUCAUGAGCAAUAAUGGAGCAGACCUCACCUUUGGUUACAUCUCCUGUUUUGUAGCUAUCCUUUUGUUUGGCUCAAAUUUUGUGCCACUUAAAAAAUUUGAUACUGGUGAUGGAAUGUUUCUCCAGUGGGUCCUUUGUGCUGCCAUAUGGUUGGUUGCCUUGGUGGUCAACCUGAUAUUACAUUGCCCAAAGUUUUGGCCUUUUGCAAUGCUUGGGGGCUGCAUUUGGGCAACAGGGAACAUUGCUGUUGUCCCAAUUAUCAAAACCAUUGGUUUAGGCCUUGGAAUCUUAAUCUGGGGAUCAUUUAAUGCCUUAACUGGCUGGGCAAGCUCAAGGUUUGGCUGGUUUGGACUGGAUGCAGAAGAAGUAUCAAAUCCGCUGCUAAAUUACAUUGGAGCUGGGCUAUCAGUAGUAAGUGCUUUCAUAUUUUUGUUCAUCAAAAGUGAAAUACCAAAUAACACGUGUUCCAUGGAUACCACUCCAUUAAUAACAGAGCAUGUGAUCAACACAACCCAAGACCCCUGUUCCUGGGUGGAUAAACUUUCUACAGUACACCACCGCAUAGUGGGCUGCAGUCUUGCAGUGAUAUCUGGAGUACUCUAUGGAUCUACAUUUGUGCCAAUCAUCUAUAUCAAGGACCACAGCAAAAGAAAUGAUAGUAUAUAUGCAGGGGCAAGCCAAUAUGAUUUAGACUAUGUUUUUGCGCACUUCAGUGGCAUCUUUCUUACAAGUACUGUCUACUUUCUGGCCUACUGCAUAGCCAUGAAAAACAGUCCUAAACUAUAUCCUGAAGCAGUCCUACCAGGAUUCCUGUCAGGAGUACUUUGGGCUAUAGCUACCUGCUGUUGGUUCAUAGCAAAUCACUCUCUGAGUGCUGUGGUCAGUUUUCCAAUAAUCACUGCUGGUCCAGGAUUUAUAGCUGCAAUGUGGGGUGUCUUCAUGUUUAAGGAAAUAAAGGGUCUACAAAACUACCUAUUAAUGAUACUUGCAUUUUGCAUCAUCUUGACUGGAGCCUUAUGCACUGCUUUUUCUAAAAUCUAACAAUGACAAGACCAGCAGGUGGCAGCAGUAGUUAAGAGAAUGCGUCUAUCCGACAGCAGAGAGAUUAUGCUGAGAAAAGAGUGCAUUUUCAUACAGCAAAUGGAUCUCAGCCACUGUUGGAGUGGGUAAAUGAUUUUUUUCCCCAAAAAUGUGAGAAUGAAGGAAGAUUGAGUUUCAUUCAAGUAUAAAAAUGAAAAUUUCUUCUGAUGAACUGUUUAUGAAGGUAGUACUUUACUGGGUGACUAAAAUGUCUACAUUAUUAUAGCAUUACAUAUGAGGAUGCGCUUUUUACCACAGUAUGUACCUAGUGUUGCAUAAUCUAGAACACAGUAUAGAGUCCAUAUACAAAGAAGUUACAGUCCAAAUUUCUCACCUAUUACCCCAGUGAAGUGAGGCAGAAAUACCUUGGGUGAGGAGGGAGAGCCUUACCUUCUAAUGGAAUUAGAUUCCAAAGAUAUUUGGAUCCUUUGUUUCAUAAAGUAAAUGCAUACUUGGUAACUAAAUGUUAAAAAGGCCAUUUUAUUAUUUUUAGCCAAAACUUAUGUUUAUUUCAAGUUAAUAUCGCCCAACUCUACAUCAUCUACCCAUUUUAGCUCGUAAUGCUUUUGAUUAUCGCCAGAUAAAGUCCAUUCUAAGAGAACAAAAAUCUCAUCAUUGAGGAUAUGUGCAUAACAUAAUACAUACAUACACAAGUAUAUUCACGUACAUAAAUACACACAGAUAUGUUGCUAAAGUGAGAUUGUAGGUUGUCAGUAACAAUUUAAAGGAAACAACCACUCUUUUGAAUGUACAAUUUUUUUUUUCUGAAAUACACUUUUCUAAAACCCUCUUAACUGGAGGUUUUCCUGUUUUCUUCUUGUUUUAACUGGUAGUUUCCAGUAGGCAAAAUAAAAUGACAGGCAUGCUAGGUUUUUUUUUGUUUGUUUUUUGUUUUAAGAAAACUGAAAUUAAGCCAAGCAGGGUGGCACACUACUGUAAUCCCAGCUGCUGGGGAGGCUGAAGCAGGAGGGUCACUUAGCCCAAGAGUGCAAAUCUGCCAGCCUGGGCAACAUAGCAAGGUCCCAUCUCUAAAAAGGAAAUUUAAUUUAAAUUUGUAAGAAAAAAAAAAACUGAAACAGAACUGCUAGUACAAUGUUUGUUGCAAUUGUUUCCAAAACUUUGAAAUAACAAAACCCGUAUUCAAAUGCAAAUUUUACCCAUUCCCACCUGAUAGUACUGUUUAUUACUUUGCUAUGUAAGAGAAACAAAACAGCUUUUUAUUUGUGUGUAUACUCUGAAGUCAGUGUGCAUGGGUUAAAUCCCACCUCUGCUUCAUUUUAUUUGUGUGGCUUUGGACAAGUUCCUAAGCCCUCUGUGUCAGGCCCCUCAUUUACAAAAUGGAGUUUAUGAUGGCAUCUACCUCACAUGGUUAUUGUGUGGUUGAAAUUAGUUCAAAUCUGUAAAGUAUGUUGAUGAGUAUCUGCUACUUGGCAAACACUAUAUAAUUGUUAGCUUUUAUUAUUAUGUGUUGUUUGAAGGGGAAAAAAGUUUUUGUAGAUUGCAGAAUACCAUGUAAGAGCUACUAAGCUCACUACCUUCCCAUCCAAACAAUUAUAACUCCUCUAAAUGAAUACUACUUAAAAGUGAUGGAGCUUCUGUUUGUUUAUUGAAUUGCUAAUACAAAUAAAUAUUUGAUUAUAACUUCUUAUACUCAUUUUAAUUUUAACCUGAAAUGUCAUUAAAUUAUGCUGAUAAACUUUGAAUAAAUUGUGAUACAAAA